UUUCCUCUACCAAGUUACUUGAAAGGGCCACAGUUAUUUUGUUUCUGUAGAGAAAGGACCACAGUUAUAAAUUUACAUCUUUGAAAGUGUAGAACUACUUCGAUCCACAUUGUGGCUCACAAGCUCCGAUAGCUAGGCAGUCUGAAUCACUGCAUUCCAUUCAAUUCAAUGGCAGUUAAGCUAAGCACCAUGAAAAAUGAGAAUGAUGAUGUGAGUCCAAUAGGAGAAAUUUUCAACACUACUUCAUUUGACCUGUGCAUUCACGCCGUUUUUGAGCUCGACAAACCAGUCGACAUCUCUCAUGCAAAGAAAGCAAUCCAAGAAAUUCUUCUCCCUCGAGGCCCGAGGUUCUCCUGUAUUGUGACUAAGAAUGAGAAGGGGGUGCUGCAAUGGCAGACAACAGAAGUGAAUAUAGACGACCAUGUUUUUCUUCCAGAGUUUCCUGCCGGUCACAUGGUAUACGAUAAGUUUGUGGAGGAUUAUAUUUCUGAUAUGCAUAUAAGAAAGCUUCCUCUGUCUCGCCCUCUUUGGGAGUUCCACAUCCUUAACUACAAAACCACAACCGCAGAAUCCACACUCAUCCUAAAUCUGCAUCAUAUGCUGGGAGAUGGUAUUUCUCUUAUGUCUCUAGUUAUAGCCUGCUCUACCAAAGACGAUAAUCCUGCCCUUCCACCAAGCUUUACUUUCUCUUCCCAACAGAAAAAGCCUCCUGCACAAAUUCAUGAAAGUUCAUACACUGGUUGGCUUGGCUUGAACUUUUUUUACAGAAUAUGGCGUCUUAUGUUCACCCUUUUGGCUGUAAUAUUUUGCACUUUACACGACCUUAUUGUUAGUUUUCUACGUUUGACAUGGAUGGAGGAUAGCAGGUUUCUCAUUCGGGGGCCUCCUGGUGUAGAAAUGUUGCCUAAAGUUAUGGCAUCUGCCACCUUUCCGCUACAAGAUGUUAGAAAAAUAAAGAAUUAUGUUGGAGGGAGCGUUAAUGAUGUGAUAAUGGGUGUUGUGUUCUGUGGGUUUCGACGCUACUGUGACAUGGUUCUUCCUGACCCAAAGCAAACAGAGAAUUUGAGAGUAACAGCUCUCGCUCUGAUGAACUCAAGAUCGCAGCCUGGCUUAAAGAGCCUGGAGGAGAUGACAAAAUCCAGAACAAAAGCUCCCUGGGGAAACCGGUGGGGAUUUUUGCAGCUGCCAGUACCUAUGGAAGGGUUUGAGAAUCCUAUGGAGUAUGUCGUAAGGGCAAAGCGGAUGGCAGAUAAGAAGAAAAUGUCCCUUGCAGUCAUUGUAACCAACAAAGUGAUAAGCUAUAUCACACGAUUCAGAGGUCCAAAGAUUACAGCUAAUGCGCUGUACAAUACGCUGGCCAAUACUACUUUUACUGUAACGAAUAUGAAUGGGCCUGCAGAGAAGAUGAAGUUGGCAGGAUACGGAGUAAGAAGUGGGUUUUUCUCAGUGUCAGGCGUUCCUCAGACUAUUCUUGUGACGUGUAUGAGUUACGCAGACAACAUAAGAAUGCAAGUGAUCACAACGAAGGGUUAUGUGGAUGCAAAGAAGCUUUCUAAAUGCUUUGAGGAAGCAUUUUUGGAGAUCAGAGAUGCCUGAUAUAAGAAAAAAUAGCGUUGCUUACUGAUUAGAGACAUUAGAUUUCUAUGAUUUGUAAUGACUAUUAUGUUCCAUGUUAGAUUUAAUUGCGUGCAAUUUGUUUACAUCAAUAUCGUUAAUUACAUUCUGUGAAUCAUCAUCCAAAUGAUGUGAUGAUUUAUUGAAUGUCUACUUUAUUUAUAUUCAUAAUAUAGCAACUAUUUCUAUGAUAAUGAUAACAGUUCUAUGUUAAAUUUUGAAUAUUAUUUAAAUGAUGAUAAAGAUAUUUAUAUUUA